AUGAUAUUACUUUCACUAUUUUCUCCCCAUUGGUGGUUACUAGGUCUUUCAAUACUGAGCUUAUCUUCUUCGUCGUCAAGUUCGAGUGAUAAUAGUGGAACUGACAAUAAGAAUGAUGGACUACUACUUAUUGACAAAUAUCUGAAACCCUUUGAUUUGGAGCUCCACAACUUUCCAGACACUGGAAGAGGAAUUCGAACAAUAGUAGAUCGGUCACCGGGAGAUAUACUGCUACAAGUUCCAGUCGAGGAUACGAUCAUCGCUGACAUUAACAAUGUCACUAAAAUUUCUCGAAAUGAAUACUACAACUCACUUUCACAAGAGCAACAACUCGCCUUGACCGUGCUUUAUCAUUUACGAUCAGGAGGAGAUGACCAGCGGGAUGACAAUCAUCAUCACCCAUAUGUCUCCACAAUACUUCCCAAAGAGCAUUAUGCCAUUUGGAAUUUGCCCGAAUCCAUAUGGGACGACCUAGAACUCCCACGAUGCUAUCGAGAAACCUUGUUGGCGACCCGUCAAAUG